GAGUCCUGACAGACCAAUGUGGCUCACCGUAACUUUAUCUCGGACACAAAUAAGGGAGGAAUAAAAUAAUACACAAUAUAAUCAGGAGAAGCAACACACUCUUUGCUUCAAAAUGAGUGACGACACAGACUCCCCUCCUGAGAGGGAGAUGAAGGAUUUUCAGUUUCGACAAAUGAAAAAAACAAGAGUCUUUCAGCCCACUGAAGAUUUGCCGAAAGAAAGAACUAGUCUGCUUACCAUCUCAAACAAAUUUGGUUUAACUUUUGUCGGGCUCGGCAGAACAUUCAAAGUUUACCAAACUCAAGUCAUCCUGGGGGCUGAUAAAUUUGAUGGCAACCCCAACGAUAUAGUCGAGGGGACAGCAGUUCUGGCAGAAAUGACUGUGGACCUGUCCCUGCACCACUUGGCUCUCAGUUGUGAUGAACUAACUUUGUCAGUGUGUGGUAUUUCUGAGGCGGGAGGGUUGUCCUUCACCUUCUACGAUGUCCGCACCUUCAUGAACAAGGCAAGAUCACAGAAGCUACCCUUUGCCUCCCUGCUGCCUGCAGUACCCCCUGGCUGUUUAGUGCAAGACCUGAAGUGGAAUCCCGUACAGCCGUCAAUGCUCGCCGUCUGUCUGUCUGACGGCUGUAUGAUGAUCUUGGAUGUUACUGACGGUGUCAAAUUGCAGGCCCAGCUUCCUGCUUCAAAUGGCAUCACAUGUAUUGGCUGGAGUCCAAAAGGAAAACAAGUUGCUGCAGGAAAAAUGAAUUCUGAAGUCAGUCAAUAUACACCUACACUAGAGGAAAAAAGAAAAAUCCCAUGUCCCAACUUCUACACUUCUGACGACCCUGUCAAAGUCCUCGAUGUGCAGUGGCUGAAAACCUUUGUGUUUGCUGUGGUCUAUGCUGCUGCAGACGGGUCCCUUGAGACCCCUCCUGAGAUAGUAUUGAUCUCCCUUCCUAAGAAGGAUGAGAGGACGGAGAUAAAGUAUCUGAACUUCAGUGACACGGUGUACGGCAGCUGCACCGGGCGACAACACCACUUCUUUCUUAGCCAUGUGGAGGACUGGGACCUCCUGUUUGCAGCAUCGGCGGCCUCCAUUGAAGUCAGUGUCAUAGCCGCCAGACAAGAGGACAAGAACUGGGAGCUUUGGAUCCUGGAAGAUGCGAGUAGAGCUGAGCUUCCAGUGACGGACAAGAAUGAAGACACGCUGCCUCUCGGCCUAGCGAUAGACUUCACCAGCCAGCAGGAGAUCUUCAUCACCGAUGAGAAAACCUUGCCUCCUGCGCCCACUAUGCUGAUGCUGUCCACAGAGGGACUGCUCUGUCCAUUUGCUCUGCUCAACCUCAAUCCUGGCGUCAAGCAGCUGGUCGCACCCCCCUCCGCCCUCGCCUUGGAUGGGGAGAGACCGCCCAUGCCAGGUUCUGUGGCUGCCCAACCUCCCAAAGUUGCUGCCUCCAUCCCAUCUGCCCCAGCGACAUUCCCAAACCUGGGUUUUCCCCCAGCUGCUGCUUCCACUCCUCUGGCCCCGGCUCCCUCUGCUGCUCCGUUUAGCGUCGCUCCUGUAGUUCCCGUGUCGUCAGCAUCGUCCAGCUUCGUUUUCUCGGUCCCGACCACAUGCGCCGCCUCUGCUCCUCCAGCUUUCUCCCUGGCGACAACUGCAUCUUUUGGCUCGGGAUCCUUCAACUUCUCCUUUGCCAAACCUCCCUCAGACACUCCCUCAGCACCUUCAGCGUUUUCUUUCGCUCCGCCCAUCAAACCAGCAGCGGUGGCAGCUCCACUUCCAACUCCCACACCCCAGAGCAUUGCUGCUGCCUCUCUACCAACAGUGAAGCUGAAUCUGGCUGAUAGGUUUACAGCAUUGGAGUCACCAGCACCACCCUCACAGCCUUUCUCCUUCAAUCCCUCACUGCCCAAAACAGUGACCCCCAUUAGCAGUAGUUUGACCGCCCCUCCACCCUCAGCCGCUAAGCCACCAGCUGUAAUGGCUCCAAUGCGUCCGGUUCAAAUCAGCACGCCCCCGUCAGUCGUUCAGAAGCCGGCUCCUGCUCCUGCUCCUGCUGCACAGGGACGCCUCCAAACACCACAGCAGGCAGCUGUUAGUAUCAAGACUUUGGAGAAGCAGCUACAGCAAAAGAAAGACUCCGAUCCAAUCAUGGCUGGCAUAUUUGAAGAGAUCGCACACUUCCAGAAGGAGUUGGAUGAUCUUAAGGCGCGAAGCUCUAAAGCUGACUUCAAGGUCGGCACAAAUGAUGAGAUGAAGGAGUUGAGGAAGGAGUCAGAGGACCUCCAUAUUUUCACCCUCGAGAUCAAGGAGACUACAGAGUCUCUCCAUGGGGACAUUGGUACGCUGAAGACCACCUUACUGGAGGGCUUUGCUGGGGCAGAAGAGGCAAAGACCCAGAGUGAGCUGAGCAGAGACAGAAAUUACAGACAGCUGCUUUACAAAAAACCUCUGGACCCCCGCAGCGAGGAUCAACUCAAGGAGAUACGCAGGCUGUACCAGUACAUCAUGUUCGCUGUGGAGGAUGUCAAUGAUGUUUUGGAUGUGGAAUGGGAGAAACACCUGGAGAAAAAGAAGAAGCAGAAACACAUGGUCGUGCCAGGGCGCGAGGGUCUGUUCACUACGCUGGCCAACAACCUGUACAUCAUCAACCAGCAGAAAAACAGACUGGACCAGCUGGUCAAGCAGCUCACUUCUCUGCGCCUCUACAACAAGACGACCGCUCCCACAAUAAGCCACAGUGCUGCUGCAGAAACGGCUGCUGGUUUGGAAAGCGAGAUUGAGAAUUUAAGGGAUUCCCUCCUGAAAGCCAAGCUGGGCACCAACCCUCCCAUGCCAAAACCCAAGUCUCCAGUCAAGAUAUCCCCAGUGAAACAGUCCCAGCUGCGUAACUUCCUCUCAAAGGGGCAGAUGCCUCCUGUCCGCUCAACUGCACCAGCCAACCUGUCUCGCUCUGCCUUCCUGUCCCCUAAAUACUACGAGGACUUGGACGAUGUGAGCUCUACCUCCUCCCUCUCUCAAUCCCUGGAGCCCCACCCGGCUGACUUGGAGCUGGAGGAAGAGGAGCUACAGUUGGCACCCCUUCCCCUUUCUAUCCACCUUCCAGCCUUGUCCACCCCCCGCCAUCCCACAGUUGUGAGGACCCCCUCGAUCCAGCCAGGCUUCGGGGCCAUCCAGUCCACCCCAUUGACAAAAAUUCACUCGGUACCAGGUUUGGGCUUUGGACUCAGCCCUAUUGCCAGCCCUGUUCCCAGCAAUAAGAUUAACCUGAGCGGGGCUGACAGCACUGCUCUGGCCACAAAGACGGUAAAACACGGAGCCCCCCCGACCGACAGGAACGUCACCAUCCCAGCCCAGCAGGCUGCAGCCACUGCUGCCCUACGCAGGCAGAUGGCCAAUCAGAAGCCAGCUGUUGUCAGUGCGUCCUUGACCGAGUCCACCCUGAAGACUGUGCCUCAGGUGGUCAACGUCCAGGAGCUCAAGGACAAAGGGCCUCCCAUGCCAGUUUCCAUCAGCUCAUCAGCAGCAGACUCAGCAGCUUCGGUCUUUGCGAUUCACCAGGCCAAACGAAAUCCUACCCAAGGUUUCCAGAAGAUGUCCAGUGAAAAUACAAGCACCCCCCAGUCCAGCUUUGUGUUCGGUCAACCAACCAAAACAGAGGCUCCAGCGGCUCCUGCUGGCACUGCCGAGCAAAGCUCCAGCAAAGGCUUCUCCUUCGCCUCAGGGUCCACAGGCUUCAGUUUUUCUUCUGUUACCCCAGCAGCUGGAGGGUCACAAGCGAAGGAUGCUAAUAAAUUUGCCUUUACCCCGAAGUCCACCUCCCCUGCUCUCGGCACUGCCUCUCCCACCUUGCCUAUAAACACGUCAGGAGACAAACCGGCCCAAAGGAUAGAGCCACAGCCCCUGAAAACGAUCGGUGGGGAGACUCUGGGCAUCUUCUCUGGACUUCGCGUGGGCCACGGAGAGGAGGCCAAAGAGGCGUCCGCUAAAGCUGCCAGCUCCUUUAGCUUUGGGGAAGCUGGACUCGGUCUCGGCAAGGGAGUACCGCAGUUCAGCUUCGCUCCGGGUCCACAAAAGCCUGCGGAAGAUUCUACGGGAGUGGAUCUGUCCAAGGGGGGGGCGUCGGGCAGUCUGUUCAAGCCCCCUGAACCUACCCCCAAGCCAGCCUUCUCCGUCCCUCAGUCCAGUCUGACGGCCUCGGCCUCCCCCACGUCUUUCAGCAGUCUUCUCGCGGCUUCUCCAGACUCUGUAGAGGAACAGAAAGUUUCCCCCCCACCUUCAGAACCCACCCCAUCCCCAGCUGUAGAGAGCCCUGGCCCCCCUGCCGCACCUGAGGAGGCAGCUGCCACAGAAACCCCAGCAAUUACAGCACCAUCACCCACCCCUCCUCUGGUCGCUACAUCCCCGACCCCAGACCCCCCCUCCUAUACCAGCGCCCCCGCUUAUGCAGUCCCACCAGCCACGGCAGCUCCCACAACAGCAGCCCCCCCAGACAGCACCACCACCACCGACACUGCUCCUGUGCCAACCUCUGCUGCCCCCGCCCCUGCUGUAGCCCCCACCCCUGCUGUAGCUCCACCAGCCUACCCGGUACCCAGCUCUGACAAACCCGGCUCCAUCUUCACUCAGACGGCCCCCGCCAUAACGGACAGCAGUUCCCUCGGAGCGACACUGGUGAUCAGCACAGUCGCCGCUGUGGCCCCCACCCCCACCUCCACUGUUAGCACAUCUGCCACUCCUAGCACUGUGUUUGGGCAACCUGCGGCCCCUCCAGCCUCUUCAGCCCCGGCCCCCUCAGGUUUCGGCUCCACGGCGUUCGGGGCAGCACCUGCAGCGGGUUUCGGCAGCUCUGUGUUCAGCCAGGUGAGCGGCUUCGGCCAACCUGCCGCCAACACUGAAACACCUGGCGGCUUUUCUUUCGCCCAAUCAGCAUUUGGUGCGAGUUCUAACAGCGCCACGACCGGCGGGAGUCUCUUCGGCGCCGCGACCCCCACCAACGCCAGUUCCUUCUCCUUCGGCCCGAGCGGCGCCAACACAGCCAGCAGCACCGGCUCAGGCCUGUUCGGACAGACAACAGCACCGGCAUUUGGCCAGAGCUCUGGAUUUGGGCCGGGGUCUGUGUUCGGGAGUAACACCACCACCUCCUCAUCUACUACAGGAUUCGGCUUUGGACAGCCCUCAGGCGAGCCUUUUGGCUCUGCCGCAGGCCCUGUGUUCGGCCAACAAGCUAGCAGCGGAAGUGUAUUUGGACAGCAGCAGCAGCAGCAGCCAUCGUCUGGUGGCACUCUGUUCGGAUCGAAUUCAGCCAACGCACCAGGCUCAGCCGCUGGAGGAGGAUUCUUCUCUGGACUCGGAGGCAAACCCAGCGAAGAAGCUGCCAACAAGAACCCAUUCGGGACCGGUGCUUCCCCCGGAGGGUUCGGGCAGCCCGCUCAGACAGGUGCCCCCUCUCUGUUUGGGAGUAGCAGUGCCAAGUCCUUCAAUUUUGGACAGAGCUCCUUCGUUGAGCAGAAGCCCAGCGGGACCUUCACCACUGGGGCAGGGAGUGUCGCAGCGCAGGGAUUCGGCUCCUUCUCAUCUCCGGCAAAAUCAGGUGGAUUCGGCAGUGCUCCGGUGUUUGGGAGUCCCCCUUCCUUUGGGAGUUCCCAAGCUUUUGGCGGUGGAGCAUCAUUCGGCUCGACCGCUUCCUUCGCCAACCCCAUGGUUCCCUCCGCCGGUAAAGUGUUCGGAGAGGGAACAGCAGCCUCCAGCAUGGGAGGAUUUGGAUUUGCCUCGCCUCCCAGCGGCCCGUCCUUUGGGUCCCUAGCCAAUCAGAGCGCUCCGUCGUUCGGGGGCCUGGCCCAGCAGAGCCCUGGGUUUGGGACUCAGCCCAGCAGUUUCUCCGGGUUUGGACAGCAGCCACAGGCGGGAGCAUUCUCCGGACACACAAACACCUUUGGCUCUGCUAACCAAUCAAGUGCUCAAACAUUUGCCAGUUGGAGAAGCUAGUUUUAUUAAAGCUCCACGUCACUGCUACAGUACUCUCUGCAAUCAAGCUCAUUGUGCCACAUAAUGGGUAAAGGGAGAAGAGUGUGUUGCAUUUGACUCGAAUAAAGUGAAUUAAAGGAUAUUCAUGCAUUUUCAGGAACACUACCUGUUAUGUAAAACAAGCUCACAUCCUUCCUCGGAAAAUAUAGUACAUUGUAACUCGCUGGUUUACAGGAUUGUCUUUCUUUGCUGUCAUAACGAAGGGAUUCUGGCAUUUUAUGUCCAGCAUUUUUAAGUGUUUGUGCACUUUUAAACAUAUACACGUAAGCCUAAACUCACUCAAGCAUCUGAACAGUUGACUCUUCCUUUGCAUUUUUGGAAAUUGUGUUUUCAGCAUGGCUAAACAAAUUAAAAUCAAGUCGUUUCUGUCAGUAAAGUAGCGUUUAUUAAAAAUGAGAAUGGUGGUCUAAGGUGAAACGGUUCUAUUUUCAUUUUCAAAUGAUUUUUGCAAUAAAUCCCCGCUUGAUGUAUAUUUUAAAUUAAAAACAUGGAAAUAAAUGACAUUUCUCCAAUUA